AUGCCAUACACGCUCAAGCAAGUGCGCGUAAACAACAUGAAGGAAGCUACAGCAAGGCUCAUUGCCUUGCUCUCAUGCACAACCUACAGCAACAGCACCAAGGUCUUCUACUUCACGCUCCACGCCAACGUCAGCGGGUAUACUUCGCCCUGCCACAGCGUACGCAGUGGUGAAGCUAGUAGCAGAUGGACAUUGCGUGAUGAACGCACUGACGAAUUCGGAGCGUGCUUAGGCUUCUCGCCGAACUACUACAUCGCCGUAAACCACACACCCGUGUGCGAUCUCAGCGAAGACGAAUCCGACCCGCGCUAUUGGUUUGCGCGUGUGAUCGCCACGGGUGACGGGAGGCUGCUAGUCGGACUCGUGGACACAUCCGAGGGCCAGGGAUACAGCACACGUUUUUCAGCAGGAGACCCGUGGGCCAUGCCCGCCACCGUGGACUCGGCCGCAGCACCACCAGACAGCCCUGCUCUGAUUGAUCCGGACGCGCGGCGGCCUUGUCCAAUUAGCUACCGCGACGACUGGUUUCCGCCCGAGACGCGUCCGUCGACGGCGUUCAGGUUCAGGUUUGAUAAGAACCGGAACGACCUUGUCAUUGCGUAG